AUGGAGGACUAUGUUAGCGAUUCCGAUAGCGACUACACCAGCUAUUGGCGAGACUGGUUCAUCUCGUCUCGUGGAAACGAAUACUACUGCGAGAUUGACGAGGAUUACCUGACGGACAGGUUCAACCUGACGGGGCUCAACACCGAGGUUCAAUACUACCAGUAUGCGCUCGAUCUAGUGACGGACGUGUUCGACCUCGACUGUGAUGACGACAUGCGCGAGACGAUUGAGAAGUCUGCCCGUCACUUGUAUGGGCUUGUUCAUGCUCGGUACAUUGUCACGACACGAGGCCUGGCCAAGAUGCUCGACAAGUACAAAAAGGCCGACUUUGGCAAGUGCCCACGCGUCAUGUGCCACUCCCACCCGCUGCUCCCCAUGGGCCUCUCCGACAUCCCCAACAUCAAACCCGUCAAGCUGUACUGCGCGCGCUGCGAGGACAUUUACAACCCGAAAUCGUCGCGCCACGCCGCCAUCGACGGCGCCUACUUUGGCACCUCGUUCCACAACAUCCUCUUCCAGGUCUACCCCACCCUGAUGCCCGCCCGCUCCGCCGAGCGCUACGUCCCCCGGGUCUACGGCUUCAAGGUGCACGCGGCGGCCUCGCUGGUCCGCUGGCAGGGAUCCAAGCGGGAGAGCAUGCGUCGCCGUCUCAGGCGUCUCGAGAUCGAGACGGGAUUUCGCGACCAUCCCGAGGAAGAGGAGGACUUGGACGACGACGACGAAGAUGACGAGGCGACCGGCGUCACUGCUGCUGCUACCGCUAUCGCCAGUCAGGAUGCUAAUAUCCCGAGUGAUGCUGUCGCCAUCGUUGCCGACCAGGAUGCUGCAGACUUUCAGCCCAUUGAUAGCAGACUCUUGCACGGACGGGCUGCCGAGUAA